UAGCACUUCGUAGCUCCGUAGCAAAUUCGUAGCCGCGCGUAGCAAAUUCGUAGCGACGCGUAGCAAGCCCGUAGCGACGAACGUUUUGUGAACUUUCGUCUGUCGAGGACUUUAUAAUGUCGUCGAUCGAAUUCCCCGUCUAUUUUGUUCACACGAAUGCGAAAUGAGGGAGCGAUGAUAUAAAACAAAAGAGACACAGACGUCAGGAUGUUGCACAGAACGUCAUCUUCCAGACGGCGAAGGGCGUCGCGGAGCGCUGCCACCUCGCCGCAGACCAGGUCCCCAAGACCUUCGGCACAGAACUCCAGGCGAGCGUCGUUGGCGACCACAGAGACUGACGACGAAAUGGAGCCCACGGCCAUACAGAUCCAGAGAAGUCCUCGGGCAAGCCUGGCGCCGGAUGCCGCACUGGAUUCCUACCACAGGAGUCCGAGACACUCCCUCGUUCCCGAGUCAAGAUCCGCCAGAAAUUCAAUCACACCAGAAACGGCUCUAGUUAAGAAUACUCUAACCCCUUCUAGAAAUAAUCUCGGCGUGGAGCAAGCUUACGGCUCCCGACUCAGCCUCAACCCGCAGGACUUCAACAGGAGCCCAAGAAACAGCAUAACGCCAGAUUCCACAGCACGGAGCCCGAGAAGAAGCUUGGUACCAGACGCUUCGUUAUGGAACCAGCCAAGAAACUCUUUGGUACCGGACGUCGGGCGCAGUCCCAGGCAUUCGGUGGCGAGCAUACAGAUAGACCCGGCGCGGCAGAAGGAACUGGGUCCCAGCCCUCGGACUAGUCCGAGAGGGAGCAUCAUCCCAGAUUCGAGUCUAAGGAAGGACCCGUCGGACAUGAUGAGAAGUCCACGUGGUUCCCUGAUACCCGACUCGCAGAAGAGUCCCCGAGGCAGCAUCGCGCCAUCGGAGAGGAGUGCCAGAGGCAGUCUCGUGGCGAGCGAAUUGGAAGCUGCCAGAAUUAGUCCCAGAGGAAGCCUGACCUUGACGUUUCAGGAGCCGCUGGUGUCGAGGGAAAGGAGAGCUAGCGAAGAUAGUCAAUGCGCAGCAGGACGUGGGAGAGUGUCGCCUUACCGCGGCUCCAUAGCGGGCCGGCAGACUUCAGACACCGGGUCACGACGGGCUUCCAGCUCCGUAAGCCAAGUAUCAGGUGACGAGCAGCGUCGUCUCUGCGGGGAGAAGUACGAACGUGGGCUGGGGCUGGGCGUAGGACUCACCACGUACGGCUCCGUGGCCUACCAGCUGAAAGACGCGAAUAUGGAGGCAUCUGGCACCGUCGACUUUGUCUGCCGAGCCGCCAAGAUCAUGAAUAGGACGAUUGUGAUGACGGUAUUCCUCGCCUGCCUCUCCACUCUGCCAGUCAUCAUGUUAAUAAUGGGCGUGCAAUACAUCCGCGACUGCCCGGCCGAGCCGCGCCUGCCCGUCUACAUGGUGGUGGGCGGCGCGGCGGGCGGCGCCGGCAUCUGCUGGCUGCUGUGGGCGCAGCUCGCCAGUCGCAGCACCAGCAGCAACGCCAGCGCGCCAGAGACCGUGCUGGCGUAUACCCUCACCGUGUUCCUGAUCGGAUGGUUCGCGUUUGGCAACUACUGGACAUUGGGCAUCAUGUGGCCGGACUACGCUCCGACACUCUUCGAGCCGAACCAGUGGUGCCACCGCACGUUGUACGUGUUCGCGCUGACGCAGCUGGGAGUGGUGUGGGGCGUGAUACUGCUGCUGAUAAUGCUGCUGCUGUCGCUGGUGGUAUGUCAGGUAUUCGGCUGCGGCUGGCUCGGCCCACCGAGGUACAAGUAGCAACGGCGCAGCGUCGUGCUGGAGCUAUGGCACAGGAACAUAAACAA